GUUUUUAUCAGCCUCCAGAGCGAGAGGAGGCGGCGGCGGCGGCGGCGCGCGCCACUUCGUGCGGAGACCAACAGGAGAGGACGGCGCGUCGUGAGUGAACCACAGCAGAGACCCCGGUUCAUGUGUUGGGCUGUUCCGAGCGCACGUCGUGCCCGCAGCGGUUCUCGAGAAUGGAAAAUACACGCAGGAUGCCCAAGAGACCGCGCUGGCUUUGCGCACUGGUUUUGGCGUCUGUCUUACUUGCGGUGGACAGCAAGAGAGUGAGACCACCUCGCUGCCCCUCAUCGUGCACAUGUACCAAAGAUAACGCGUUGUGCGAAAGCGCAGGACUGAUCCCGCGCAGCUUUCCGCCCGAUGUCAUAUCACUAUCAUUCGUCAAGUCUGAAUUCACUGAAAUCCCGAAGGAGAGCUUCAUCCACACGCCUGCCCUGCAUCUCCUUCUUUUCACAGCCAACAACCUGGAAUCUAUAAACGAGGAUGCUUUCCUUGGUCUUCCUCAUCUUGAGUAUCUGUUCAUAGAAAAUAACCAGAUUACAUCGAUUUCACCAUAUGCUUUUCGUGGACUGAAAACCCUCGUGCAUCUGAGUCUGGCCUACAAUAAUCUGGAGACUCUGCCGAAAGAUCUGUUCAAGGGUCUUGAGGCGUUGACAAAAGUAGACUUGAGAGGCAACCAGUUCACCUGUGACUGUAAGCUGAAGUGGUUGGUGGAGUGGAUGUACAGCACCAACGCUACAGUGGACCAGAUUUACUGUAAAGGCCCGGCCGCACAGCUGGACAAGAAGAUUAACGACCUGGUGCCGCUGUCCUUCGACUGCAUCACCACAGAGUUCGCUUCCUACCAGUCCCUGAAGUUUGAAUCCAUAUCCGUGGAGGCCUUUUCCUUUGGGAAUGAGCAGUAUGUGGUGUUCGCUCAGCCCUUCAUAGGGAAAUGCAGCUUUCUAGAGUGGGAUCAUGUGGAGAUGGUCUUCAGAAGCUUCGAUGACAUUGACAGCACAUCCACGGUGAUUUGCAAACCUCUGGUCAUUGACAACCAGCUCUUCGUCAUCGUGGCCCAGCUGUUUGGUGGCUCACACAUCUACAAGCGCGACUCCUCCGCCAACAAAUUCAUCAAGCUCCAAGGCAUCGACAUCCUCAAAAUCCGCAAACCAAACGACGUUGAGACGUUCCGCAUCGACGGCGAAUCCUUCUUCGUCAUAGCGGACAGCUCCAAGGCCGGAUCCACCACCAUCUAUAAGUGGAACGGCAACGGCUUCUACUCUCACCAAUCGCUCCACCCGUGGUACCGGGACACGGAUGUGGAGUACAUGGAGAUCUCCUCCAAGCCUCACCUGAUCCUGUCCAGCAGCUCCCAGAGGCCGGUCAUCUACCAGUGGAACAAAACCACCAAGCUGUUCGACCGGCGCACCGACAUCCCGGAAAUGGAGGACGUUUACGCCGUGAAGCACUUCCAGGUCAAAUCCGACCUCUUCAUCUGCCUGACGCGAUUCAUCGGCGACUCCAAAGUGAUGCGCUGGGACGGGGCCCUCUUCAGAGAGCUGCAGACCAUGCCCUCCCGUGGCUCCAUGGUGUUCCAGCCCUUCUCCGUGGGCAGCUGGCAGUACGCCGUCCUGGGCAGCGAUUACUCUUUCACCCAGGUGUACCGCUGGGACGCCAAGAAGGGCGAGUUCGUCCACUUCCAGGAGGUGAACAUCCAGGCACCGAGGGCCUUCUCUCCGAUCUCCAUAGACAACCGGCAGUUCCUGCUGGCCUCCAGUUUCAAAGGGAAAACUCAGAUUUACGAGCACCUGGUCAUUGAUCUGAGCGACUGAUCUAUCGACUGGUUUGCCGAUUGUCUGAUUAUUUGUGUGGUUUCUUUGGCUGUUGUAGCAGAUCAAGACAGCACUGCAAGUUUUAGGGGAUCCUAGCUUGAGCAAGGCAGGUGUGAAUACAUUUGGCCGAGAUGCAUAUUGUUUCAAUGCAUGCACCUCAAAUUAGGAUUAGACCAUGACGUUAAUGCAUGAGCAGGGCCUCACCCCGGCCAUCCCGUCCUGAUGAAUGCAACAACCAUGCUCACUAUUCCAUUCAAUCUUGCCUGUAGGUUUUUUUGUUUAUGUUCAGCUUUUAAUGUGUCUCAACAAUGUUUAUACAUUUGUAAUCUCAUAUAUUUAUCUACAGAAAGUAAUGACGAAAUGGUAAUUUAUAAUCUAUUAACAUGUUUAACUGAACAAAUCUGCCAAAAUGAAAAGUUUACAUUUUUCUGUCUUUCCACUUGUGCGCUAAACAAUUUGUAAAUGUAGCUUUUGUAAGUUUAAGAGGGACCAUGCCGGUUGGAUACAUAUUUGUUAAGGAUUUGAGAUUAAGUUUAUAAUUUGGAAAAUAUCCACAUAAAUGUGUGAAAAAUAUACCUGAAAAUCAGGUAUAACAUUUUUAUUGAUAAUGGUUUGUACAAUGUUUAAAGUAUUGAAAAUAACAGCUUUUCAUAAGCAUGGAAGCCGUUUGGGAACACAGGAACUAUUUUCACACAAUUGAAGGAACUGAAUCGAGACACUAAGGAUAUUGUUUGUGAUCUUUUACCUUUGACUAACAUUUGCGCAUAAUAAAUCAACUGUGUCAUGAUUAGAAUUAAGUUAUUGACGAAUAUCAUGCUAUGUAGAGUCAAUAAAGGUUUACAUUGUUAGCUGUUA